AUGGAUGGAGCAAAGAGCCAUAUGACAAGGGUAAUAAAGAAGAGACAAUUAGCUGUUAUUAUUUUUGUGGUGAACAUGAUACUAAUUUUGUGUAUGUUUGAAAUGAAAGAAAGAGAAGAGGAAAUAACGGCACAUGUUGGUGAGCUGGAUUGGAAGGAUUAUAAAGACUUGAUAGUGAGUGGAAUAGAGAAGUUGAAUUCUGUUGGGUUUCUUCAAAAAAUAGAGGCGCGAGAAAUCAUCAAAAUGCAAGAUGGAGUUGAUGAGAAGUGUGUUGAAAGGAUUAUGAAGCAAGUGAUGGUUGAGAUACGAGCGAUUGUAUAUUCAAGCGAGAUUUGUGGUGAUGAUACGUACAGAGAUAACAAGCCUGUCAUGAAUGGUACGAGUUAUGAAUACCAAAGGGGAUAUAUUGAGGCUCUUGCAUGUAAGUUUAUGGAGAGGUUUGAUAGUGGAGAUAUUGAAUAUCCAAAGGAAAUUUCAAUUGCAAAGAAGUAUGUGCAGGAUUUGAAAAAGUUUGUGAAUGAGGAAAUGCCUAAAAAAGGCUGCAAACAAAAAGUUACGAUGCCCAGCAAGAUGUUCCCGAUAACUGAGAUAUCAUUAUAUGAUUACAUCCUACUGGUUCUGUUGGAUAUACGAAGAGAGAUAUUAAAUGAUUACAAAGAGAUAAGCAUGUAUUUGAAAGAGCUAGACCUAGAGGACAGUGUUGAGUAUAACCUGAAUAUGUUCAGGGUCAUGAUGAUGGCAUUUAGAUUUCAAUACUUCAUAGAUGAAAAAAUGCAUUACAAGUGUCAAACAUGUAUGCAUAGGAAUAGACGACUAGUGAUUGAUUAUUUGUUGGAGUUGCCAUGCAAUCAUAUUAUGUGCAUCCGCUGCCUUAAAGAGGAGUGCAUCUAUUAUGGCCAGAAAUCAUGUAUGUUUUGUGAUUGCAUGAUAUCUGAGUUUGAAUAUGAUAAUGCAAUGAAAAGGGAGGAUAUGGAAGAUGACUAA